AUGUAUUUUAUAUUAUAUCAUAAUAGCAUGAAAGAUUUUGCAGAUCAAGUUGCACAACUUUGUAUAGAAAAAUAUGCAAAGCUUGGUAAAACUGGUAAACCAUCGGAAAAAGAAUGGACUGUAUUGUCGGGUAUCGUAUUAAAGAAACACGAUGAUUCGUUGUCUUUAGUAGCUCUCGCUACGGGAACAAAAUGUUUAGGGAAAAUAGAUUUAAUAAAUACGGAAAUAUACAAAGAAGGUUGUAGAUUACACGAUUCUCACGCUGAAAUUCUUUCUAGACGUGCCUUUUUAAGAUAUUUAUAUAACCAGAUCGAUUUGUUAGUUGAUGGUAUUGAAAGUGAUGUUUUCGAAAUGGAUGAUGAAAACAAAAUUAAAUUACAAAGUGGAAUAUCAUUCCAUUUCUUCACAAGUCAAACACCUUGUGGAGAUUGUUCCAUAUUUUUAAAAGAGUCCUGUGACAAUAAUCCACCUCCAACAAAAAUUAGAAAAGAGGAGCACAUAAUCAAAGAUGUAUAUAGAACUGGUGCAAAAUGUGUUAAAUCUGAAAAAUACCACGAUCCUUACUUACCAGGAGUGAAUUAUCAUGUAGUUGGACCAUUACGCACUAAACCCGGAAGGGGAAAUCCUACUCUCAGCUUGUCUUGUUCAGAUAAAAUAGCAAAAUGGAAUAUUAUGGGAUUACAGGGCUCACUUUUAUCAAUAUUAAUACCUACAAUAAAAAUAGAUACCGUUGUAGUUGGAGGUAAUUGUCCUUUCUCUUUAGAGGCAAUGGAACGUGGAUUGUAUAAACGGUUCAAUAAAGAAUUAUAUGAAUUAAAAAUUGUGCAAAGCAAUAUCUCUUUUAAAGAGCAGAAAAAUUAUGAAAGAACACAUCCGUGCCCAUCGAGUAUAAUAUGGUGUGCUGUCAAAAAUCGUGAUACGGAAAUAGCAAUUGAAGGCAGAAAACAAGGUGCCACUAAAAAGAAGAAAGGUAACAAUUUACUUGUAACAAAACGAGCAUUGUUUGAAACAUUCUUACGAGUUUAUGAUAAGUAUCAGAACUUUGAAUGCAAUAUAAAACAUCCUAAAAAAAUCACCUAUUUAGAUUGUAAAAAGUGGUCCAAAAAUUAUCACAAUUUAUGGACCACAUUAAAGUCAAAUAUUUUCCACGCAUGGCCUUCUAAACCAAUUCACUUACAAACAUUUGUAUUAUAAAAUUUACGGUCUUACGGGGAUUGAUUUAAUAACGAUUUAAAUCGUAGUUAGAAAUUUUGUCAUUUAUUCGUUGGAAUUACAAAACUAUUAUAUAUAAUAAAAAUAUAAAUACUUUGAUUUUAUAAUA